AUCCCAAGUUCUCUCUGCUCCGAACUCCGGAGCUGAGGCCGCCGAGGGGGAACAGCUUGUCUUCCUAAAACUCGCGGCGGAAUGUGGACGAAGCCGGGCGGAAAAGCGUGUUUAAUACACCCGGGCCGUGCCGGAGGCUGGACUAGUGAACAGUUCCCAGCUCCCGCGUGCAGGAUUUCAGUGUCACCCCUUCCGACGGGGCGGAAGCCAUUCCGGAAGGACCUUCCGGGGAGCUGCCUCACUUUCCUCUGAGCACUGCUCCCUGUUUUCUGCUCAGACCCUUUCUCUUACGUCUGUUUCUCCUCUUCACUGGCUUCCCGAGUCUCCUGGGAUGUGGUCAGAGUUUCAGGGGUUUGAACAGUGGAGCAGAGUCCUCGCGCCGGUUUGUUUUUCUUCCUCACCACAAGCUCCACCUGUGACCAAAGGUCCCAGAAAGAUAAAACCCUGGUUCUGGACUUGCUUCCCGGGUGUGAGCGGUAUCAACUGAGCCCAGGAGGAGUUUUCCAUGGCUUAGGGCCCGUGUCACUGGGGAAGCAGGUGCCUACGGUUACCCCCCAAAACCCGAGCAGGUCCAUGGCUGGAAGCACCAGGCUCUGUGCCCUCAGCAACUCCUCUUCCUGCUCGGGCUGCACUCCCUGGGCGGCAGCAGGCGGGGUCUCCACCUGCGUCAGCGCCGCAGUAGGCGGUGACUCCUGAGAUGACGGGAAGGAGCUCUUGCAAAUCAUCUGUGUAUUAACCACACAAAUGUUGGUUGAUGGCCCACCACGUGCCAGCCACUUUUGGAGUUGCGACCGUGAACAAGACAGACAUCGGUCCUACUUCUGCAGAAAUUUAACCCAGAAAAAUCCCACCAUUUAAAUCAGAAAUGGGAAAGAUUGGGAGAUGAGGGACAGAGAGAAAUUAUGGGCAGAAGAAGGGAGAAAAGGGUGCUAUUUCCGGAAGGGACUCACUCUCUGAGAUAUUUCCGCCUGGGCGUUUCAGAACCUGGCCAUGGGAUCCCUGAAUUUCUCUCAGUGGGGUACGUGGACUCUCAUCCCAUCACCACAUACGACAGUGUCUCUCGGCUGAAGGAGCCGCGGGCGCCGUGGAUGGCGGAGCACCUGGCGCCGGAUCACUGGGAGAGGUACACGCAGCUGCUGCGGGGCUGGCAGCAGACGUUCAAGGUGGAACUGGAGCGCCUGCAGAGACACUACAAUCACUCAGGCUUUCACACUUACCAGAGGAUGAUUGGCUGUGAGUUGCUGGAGGAUGGAAGCACCACAGGAUUUUUGCAAUAUGCAUAUGACGGACAGGAUUUCAUUAUCUUUGAUAAAGACACGCUCUCCUGGACAGCUGUAGAUAAUGUGGCUCACAUCACCAAGAGGGCGUGGGAGGCCAAUUGGCAUGAGUUACAAUAUCAGAAGAAUUGGCUGGAAGAAGAAUGUAUCGCCUGGUUAAAGAGAUUCCUGGAGUAUGGGAAAGACACUCUACAAAGAACAGAACCCCCACUGGUCAAAGUAAGUCGCAAAGAAACUUUUCCAGGGAUUACAACUCUUGUCUGCAGAGCUUAUGGCUUUUACCCCCCUGAAAUUUCCAUGAUUUGGAUGAAAAAUGGGGAAGAAAUGACCCAAGAAAUGGAUUAUGGAGGUAUUCUUCCCAGUGGAGAUGGGACCUAUCAGACAUGGGUGUCUGUGGAGCUGGAUUCUGAGAGCAGCGACCUUUACUCCUGUCAUGUGGAGCACUGUGACGUCCAAAUGGUUCUUCAGGUCCCUCAGGGGUCAGAAGCUAUCCUUCUGGUGGUCAAAGCUGUCUCUGGGUCCAUUGUCCUCGCCAUGGUCCUGGCUGGAGUUGGCUGCCUGGCCUGGAGAAGGAGGCCCCAAGAUGUGAGUUGGUCCACACUUUGUGAUCACAGAAGGAACACCUCUCCCACCAUAUUGGGAACAUGCACGUGGAUAAUGCUUGCAAGGAGAGUGGUCUGUUUCAUAGGUGAUGCCUGACAUCAACAGAAUAGGACAACUUCUGUCCAGGUGAACUGUCCUCCCAGAAGUUGGGUCAGAGAAGACAGAGUGAUCUUGAUUUGUCUUUUUCUAAACUAUAUCCUUAUUAUUAAUUACUAUUGACUUUUUAUUUUGUCCUUUGUUUCAAGACAUCAGUAAGUUUUCCCAUUUUGACAAACAUUUUCUGACCCAAUUAUAUGAAAUUCCUUUUCCUUCUAAAUUCAUCUUUCAACACAUAAAAUGUUGAAAAGUAGAUACCUUUGGAAAAUGGGAAUUGGGGUAAGGCAAAGGGGAAGGAGAGAUGGGAGGGAUAUAGGUUCUUGAUACCUUGGGGAAACCAUUCCAUAUAUAUGUAUUAAAUACCUACUAUGUUCCAGGCACUGUACUGGAUGCUGGGAUAUAGGAAUGCAAAAGACAGACAUGAUUUCUGCUGUAUUUUAAGGUCAUCUCCCCCCACACUACUCCCACCCCCGAUUUCAGUAGAUGCUCAGGUUGAUCACAGCAUAAUAUUGAUGAGACCCGGAUUUUGGGUUUGAACCCAGUGUGGGCCAGGACUUUGGUAUUGCUUCAUAACCACAGAUUUCAACCCCAAUUCAAGUGCUAUGGUAUAAAGCAUAUUAUUAGAUCAAAGUAAAAAACAUCCCCUUUUAUUAGAAAAUCAGCUCAGAGUUAGUGGAUCAUUCUGUUCUCUUUACAAAGUACAGCACUAAUCUCAAUCUAAGAAAUAAGAAUGGCUGAAGCAAAAAGAAAAAACAAAGAAACAAACAAAAAAACAACACAAAAAAGAAAAUUUUAAAAAAGUUUUACAAUGACACACCUGUCUCAAGAAUGAGACACUGAGUUCCUGCUUUUUAUCUUGUGGAGUGUGUGAAUUUGAGUUAAAAUUUGUCAAGUACUGAGAGAAUCUUGACAAAGCAGGCUAAAAAUGUCAAUGGCAGCUUCUCAGAUUUUGCUGAACAUUGCAUAAUCUUUUUUUGAGCUAUCAGGAAAAAUGCACGUAUCUGACUAAAAAGUCUU